UUUUCUUCGUUAGAAAAUCGCUUGAGCCCUACUCACUUCUUCGAUAAGCAGCACACGCAGCAGGCAGGGCGCGAAAAGAUGAAGACGAUUCUCUCAUCGGAAACCAUGGAUAUACCCGACGGCGUGAAGAUCAAGGUCAAAGCAAAAAUGAUUGAAGUGGAGGGUCCGAGGGGGAAACUGACCCGGAACUUCAAGCAUUUGAACUUGGAUUUCCAGCUAAUCACCGACGAGGAGACGGGGAAAAGGAAGCUGAAGGUGGAUGCCUGGUUCGGAUCGAGGAAAACUACCGCUGCCAUCCGCACCGCGCUCAGCCAUGUCAAUAACCUGAUUACUGGCGUUACUAAGGGAUACCGCUACAAGAUGCGUUUUGUCUAUGCUCACUUUCCGAUUAAUGCUUCUAUUACUAAUGGUAACAAGUCGAUUGAGAUCCGUAACUUCCUUGGAGAAAAGAAGGUUAGGAAGGUGGCUAUGCUUGAAGGAGUUAAUGUUGUCAGAUCCGAGAAGGUUAAGGAUGAAUUGGUUUUGGAUGGUAAUGACAUUGAGCUCGUUUCUCGAUCUUGUGCUCUGAUUAACCAGAAAUGCCAUGUGAAGAACAAGGAUAUCAGGAAGUUCCUUGACGGUAUCUAUGUAAGCGAGAAGGGAACCAUAGUUGAGGAAGAAUAAGUAGUUAAACUGUAGGAAUAUUGCGUGAUAUGAUUUCUUUGUGUGGUCGUUAUUUAUUUAUGAUUAAGUAUUCGGAGACUUGUAGACACAUUAAAAGGUAAUUUGAAAUUUUGUGAUGUGAGAUUUCAAAUUUGGAAUGGUUCUGUUUGCUUUUGUUAAGUUCCAUUAAGUUGUCCAAUUUCUGUUUCUUGAGGUAAAAUUUUCUAUUAGUGAAAAAGUUUCUAUUUG